UCAGGUGACGUUGACAUGUAAACGGUUGGAGUUUUUUUACAGCUGACUGCAGAGUGCAGGACUGAUAGAGAUAAACAAUUUCUACUACCACCUUAUUUGCAUUUUCGUGUUUCUACAUCUAAGAUCUGACGGUUUGGAAGUAAUAAUAUAUUUACUGUUGAAUUUUUAAUAAUUAUUAAUAACUAUUCAUCACUUAUUUUUGUAUUUUAAUAAGUAAAAUUAUAUAAAUAAAGUAUUUUAUACACACAUAAGGUUUUAUUCAUAGUAACGGUUAGUAACCCUUAAGGAAUUUUGAAUUUUUUACGAGAUUUGUAGCAUAGCUUUGUUUUAUUUGAACAUGUCUGGUCAGUGGGAAGUUGUUGGGAAAAACAAAAAAGAUAAGCAGAGUGGAAAAGCCAAGAAACUUUCCAAACAAGAGAAGCAGAAGUUUGUGGAAAAUGCUCCUAAAGUUGAGGAGUUAUUACCCCUGGCUCAAGUGAAGACAUUAUACGCUGCAUUGGACACUAACAAACAACAGCCAGCCAAACCUGUGGAGAAGGCCAUAAAGACCAAAGAGAAUGAGGCAAAAAAGGCACAGAAGAAACCAAAAGAGAAGAAAGAGCAGCCAGUGAAGGAGAAUAAACCACCAAAAACAAUUGAAGCUGCUGUCGCCUUGAUAACGGCACAGGAUAUGGAGAAUGUGUUGGAAGUGGGCCAGAUGAGGUUUCCUGAAGCACCUUUAGUCUGGUUGAAGGGACUAGCAUCGUGGCUGAACACCAAGCUUCCUGUAGACCACACUGACAAUGCCUUUACUGCCAAGUCUUUCGAGUAUCCUCUCUGUCUGCUGAACGCUGAUAUAAGGGCUGUUCUGAAGAAGGCUCUAAAAGGUGUACCAGAACCUGCUAUCCAGAUGUUCUUCGACUAUUGCUUGACGUCCAUGGCCAACGACAUGACUAAAGGCAGCCCUGUUACUGGGUACAAGAUGCUGCUACAGUUGGUAGCUUCGCAGGUGCCAUCAGUUGCUGUCAGCAAUGUGACCAAGUGUGCGACUCUGCGCCAUUCAUAUCAGAACAGACCGGCUAUUGGCUGCUCAAUCAUGUGGGCACUGGGUCAGGCCGGCUUCAAGGACAUCAGUAUCGCUCUGCAAGUGUGGCAGAGUAUCAUGUUUCCGGUUUAUGAACUGAGGAAUUACUCCCAGUUCGUGUGUGACUACCUCAAGCAUCUACUUGCCAGACACUCCACCAGUAAGGGGGUGACGACACAACAAUACCUGGACAUACUCGACUCUGUCUUCGCCUCCAAGCUGGCAGCCAAUAAUGAGUUGAAAGCGCAUGUACACAGUUUGCAGGGCAUUGUCUGUAAUGUGCUGACAGACAAACGGCUGCACAAUCUGUUUGAGCCUCUCUUGUCUCGUCUGGCUGCAAGUAACCCAGUUGCUCUCAAAGAUGAGUUGUUACAUUUUCUGACAGAGUGCUUGGUUAAAGACACCCAAAGUUACCCAGUCUGGAGGAAUCUUUACACAAGAUACCUGCCUCAGAGUGCACUACUUCUCAGACAUCUUCAGGCAGAAUGGACCAAGGGCAGUGGACGCUUCCCUCUGAAGGUUCUCAAAGAUACCCUGAAGACUUUCAAGGUCACUAACGAUGACAUGAGGAAACGUAAACAAAAGAUUGAAGGUCUGCAGGAGUGCACCAGGGUGUGCGAGGCUCUGCUAUCCAAGAUGGAUGGUGGAAAGAAAUCAUUCCCCUGGAAAACGCUUGGAUUUUUGUUCCUUUUGGCUGUCGCGGGUGUCAUAGCUUUUGAUAUCAAUACUCACAACGGCUUCCAUAGCUCCAAAACUGGAAUUUUCCUGAAAGACGUUGGAUGCCUCAAGUACGCAGAUCAAGCUCUUGCAAGGAUACAAGAUGUUUCUAAACAAGCAUACAGAUGGAGUGAACAUAAUGUCCCAAUCUACAUAACCAAGUGUAGGGAAGUGCUUGGACCGUACUUCGCCACAUUACUUGACCUUCUGGCUGUCCUUGCACAGCAAGUAGUGACUGGAGUGAGGAUGGUCUGGGAGUAUUGCCAACCUAUCUUACAGAAGUGGAUAUUGUUUACAGAUGACGCAGUACGGGCCUGGACUACUGGAGGUGUUGUCUGUUUGGUCGUCAUCACUGUGGCAGUACGGACUUGCUGUGGGAACUUUGGUGUUAAAAUAUCUCUCUUUUGCUGCAGAGUGGCUGCGAGACAAUGUCUUUGUUGGUCAGCUCUCUCCAGAGAACCUCCAGAGGGUGACGCUGGAGGCUAUCAACACAACGCAGGCCUUGGCAGCGCAAACUAUCUCCUGGAUAAAUGACAAGGUCGUAACCUCCACUUCUGAGAGCGUGUGAGGUCGGAGCCGCUUGAUGAGCAGAAACUAUACAUCUCACAUUACACCCGGACUUGUGGUGUCAUUUUUAUAUUUAUACCUAUUGUACACCAAUAUUUGGGAGCUGUAAAUAUUUUGUAAAUCAGUAAAAUGAGAUUUCUUACACACUA